UCUACCUCGGGUCAUCUCGAGGUCAAAAUCUGUGUCGUACGAUCCGUAACAGGUUGUACCGGCUGUCCAGGUGCUCGAAACGAGGCCUGAUUCGCGAUUCUCGCGAAAAGCCAGAGAUAGACCUCGACGGUUCAUCACGUAAAGGUCAAACAGAGGGUGCACGCGUGAUACCAGCCAGAAAAAAAAGAUGAACUUCCUGUAUCCUCAUUCGGAGUUGAAAAUCGUAAAAGUCCAUUUAAAAAUUACCUACUUCCGGUCCCCGAAAAUAUUCUCCAACGCUUCUUCGAGUAAUCUUUGUUCUCGAGUCUCAAGCGAAAAAAAAAUAUCUCAUCCACAUUGGCCAUUCUUCAUAUCCUGUCAAAGGAGCCGCCGAAGAAGCUGCCCACCUAACCCAUCAACCUAGCUACGUGCCAGGCUUAAACCACGGACGUAACGUUUCGCUCGACUUUGAACUCAGAAGAAGUCGAGAUGAGCGACUGGCGACAAAGGGCCCGACCAUAUGGGACCGUAUCGUAAAAACCGAUCUCGAUGGGUGACACUCGGCAAUGCUGGACCGUCUCAGGAACGAAAGUCAACCCAUGCAUUUUGUUCUUCUCUCGCGUGUACGUCCUCCAUUUGUAAAUUCCACCCCCGUCUUCCUCAAGCAGUCAUACACAAUUCGUAUCUGCGUUCAAAUCAUUCCCGCCGAAGACUGCCAAUGUCUGCGCAUGCGCAGUAUCGGCCGCGCAUCCACGGCGAUAAUUGGGUCUCUUAACGAUCUCGUUAAACAAAAAAAGCGUCUGCUGCUCAGCUACCAUUGCUAAUGUUAUCCCAUCCGUUAGUUCUCGGUCUUCCGUACGACCUCGAUGAUGUCUUCUCGAUUAUGAGAGAGGUGGCGUUAAUAAAGCCAAGCCGUGGAGGCGUUUCGUGCAAUCAGUAAGUUAGUUCCGAGAGCAUCCGCAAGGGUUAACGAGGCAUGUCGGUCGAAGAAAAUACACAGUGGAUUUGUUAGAGUCAUGGCGAUCAGAUGCCCUAUAGAUGCAGCUGGUGCGCCAGGUUAUUUAAGCACAAGCGCAGUAGGGAUCGUCACGUGAAAUUGCACACGGGCGAUAGGAGAUAUCGAUGCUCGCACUGCGAAGCUGCCUUUUCCAGAAGUGAUCACCUCAAAAUCCACAUGAAGACCCACGACACUCAAAAGCCAUUCCAAUGCACCGCAUGUUCACGUGGCUACAACACAGCAGCAGCCCUGACAUCCCACAUGCAGUCUCAUAAGAAGCACCAAGGAGGUUCAAAGUUGGAGAUGGAAUUUGGUCGGAGAAGCGUAUCCUCCCACAGCACAUCCUCACCGCCAGUACCAAACUCACCGUCAACGAGUCCAAAGCUAGGCCCGACCUUGAAGCAUCCAAUGACAAAAUUAUCACAGUCAGCAACUAGCGCUUCAAACACGCCCAUCCUUAGUUCACCAUUAAAACUAGCAUGUAUGUACUGCACGCGUGACUCCUUCACGAGUAUGCAGCAGCUGCAGAUGCACGUGCACACGAUGCACCAGGGUAUUGUGAGCGGAGAACAUCUGAUAAUGCCUUCGCCAGGUCGACUGUCGGAAACACCAAGUACUACCAACCGUGAACCAAUGUAUGAGCGCAAGUACGUGGAAGAACGCGAGAGGCCAACGGAAAGAAACGACUCCUAUGAGAACAGCUUCUCCUGCGGCCAAUGCACCAUGAAGUUCCCAAGUCUAGGUACACUGAGAGAUCAUCUGAUCUCGAUUCAUCGCACAGCAGAUGGAUUCGGCGGUGCUCUUAUGAUGUGUCCACUUUGUGGUAUACCUUGCGCCACGGCUGCUGCCUAUGCGGAGCAUUACGUCCUUCAGCAUUGUGAGAACCGUAGGAUGGGUUUCGAAGAGGUCCGGGAAGCCAGGGAUGGCAGAGAGAGUCGAGAGUAUUCGGAACCAAAGACAAAUGAUACAUUAAAGGAUUCCGAGGGCGGUUACGAGCCUUACGAAUCGUAUGAACCGUAUGAGUCGUACGAGCCAUACGAUGGGAGGAAGGAAGGUCGGCCGCGUGAUGAGCGUGGGACCACAAAGAUUCCUAGGGAAACUGGUCCAGUGGAACCUGCCGACCUGACCAGCAAACACGGGAAAGCCAGUAGCGACAGCUACUCCGCAGGCACGCUUCUCUGUGGUCAAUGCGGCGCUGCUCUCAAGGACUUUGAAUCCUUUCGCGAACACCUUGCGAGACACCUGCAGGCGGAUCAGAGGAACGAGGUGCUGAAGAAUCCUUGUCCGAAGUGUGAUGCGUCCUUUCAUGAACGGGAGGAUAUGCUGGACCAUUUGACUAAGCACUUUCUAGGACAGACUAGUAAGGAGUACUGCUGUGCCGCGUGCAAGAAGUUCUAUCCUCAUCCUGAUCUACUUCAGCGACAUCUCUUGGAUGCUCAUGCACAUCAUCUCUACCGGUGCGCUCUAUGCCGUGAUACUUUUGACUCCAGGGUGGCUAUUCAGGUACACUUUGCCGUGAAGCAUAGCCAGGAAUGUAGGAUCUACCGAUGCAACGUUUGUUCAGCAUCGAACAAUGAGAAUUCUCCUGGGAAUGCACCUGUCGAAGGUCGUACUCUGUUUCGGAGCGAGGCUGAGAUGGCUAAUCACGUUAGAAGCGUCCAUGCACCACCUCUUGGGGAUAGUCCUCUACCUAGGAGUCCAGCAUCGACUCCAGGAGUUCUAAUGCAUCCGAGUCCUCGGUGUGUCUUCUGCGGGGUCUGCUGUACCUCUGACCUCGAGUUGCAGCUUCAUCUGGCUAGCCAUGCUACUAGCCUGUACCGGUGUCCUAUUUGCCGUGAAGGCUUUGCCGUUGAAUUCCUCUUAGAGAGGCACCUGGCGCAUGCUCAUCGCACUGCUGAACUCCCUUCUAACGUCCGGAACAACAUCCGGGCACUUCGUGCUACCAGAUCUCAGGAUGACUCUGCGGCGAGACCUCCAUCUCUGAAAAGAGGACGUUCACCGGCAUCCAGCAAUAACAAUUCUCUUAAUCAACGUGACAAUAACAACAAGAGGCUCAAUUUUGGUACUCCUGGUGGACAGCGCUGUGAACUAUGCGACAGGGGUGAAUUUGCGAAUGAUGCUGAGCUACAAGCGCAUAAGAAAUUGGCCCACGCGCCUUCGGUUCCUCCACCACCGCCACCUCCGCCACUUCCACCACCGUCACUACCCCCAGCACCUUCUUCGUCUUCGUCCACUUCUUCCACUUCUUCUACGAAACUUCAAAGCAAGUCUCUUGGGACCACUCUCAGCUUAACCUGUGCCUAUUGCGGUGAGAUCUGUCGCUCCAGGAGUGAACUGGAGUCCCAUACGAGAAUUCAACACGCAUCGAAUGAACCUGGUGGACGUCACAAGUGCAACAUCUGCGAUGAGGUCUGUCCUUCUGGUGCGAUACUCGCUGAGCACAAACUCCAGAAGCAUUGCAAGAUUCAGUUAAGCGAUACGUGUCUUGUAUGUCGGGCGAAUCUCAGCACAGAAGCUCAAUUUCUGGAACACGUACAGCGACACAGUUUGGAAGGUGUCGAUACCCAGCAAAGACUUGAUAACGCUUUACCCCAUCUUCCGGCAGGGUGUAUAGUCUGCAGGCAGACUCUUAUGAGUGAACUUGAAUGUAGACUCCAUGCCAGGCAUCAUUUAAGGCCUAAUUGUGGUUCCAGAGGAUCUGGUUUAGGGUCGAGUUCCAGUCCAAAUUCAGGACAACAAGAACAUUCCCAACUACAAAAACCAAGCUGUUGUCUCUGUUUACGUGAAUUGAACUCUGAGGAUUUUGUUAGUCUUCCUGCUAAUAGGAGUAGUGUUACUGGUCAGCCGUUACGUGUCUGCAAGUUAUGCUAUGUCAGACAUUCUCAGGGUCUACCCAUUCUUAAUUCACCUUAUGAACUCAUCCGUUCUGGAAAAGAAAGGUGGGACAGUGAUAGGAAACAUAAAUCCGAAGAGAGUGUUGUUGCUAGUGAGAAUAGAGGUGUUAAUGAUGCAAGUACAACUAGAUGCGAGGACUGUGGUGUCAAGUUUGAACUUCCGGAGGAACUUGAGAAACACAGAAUGGCAGAACAUGAAGUUAAGGUUUCAGGAAGUGGACCAAACACUUAUACCUGCAUUCAGUGUCAGAUGUCCUUUGCUACGGAAGCCAAAAUAAGGCAGCAUGUAAGGCUCGAACACUUGGAAUCAUCUGGGAAAGGAUUUGUCAAUGCUCUACGAUGUCAUCUAUGCCUCUUCGAAGCCAGCAGUCCUCUUCAACUUCAAGGUCAUCUCAUAGAACACACUUUUGCUGGCUGUGCAGCACUUUCUUGUUACAUUUGCCAGUCUCUUUUCACAACACCUAUUGGCCUUCAGAAUCACAUGUUACAACAGCAUGGCCUUGGUGCUCGUCCCUACGACUGUUCCCUCUGUAGCCUCAAGUUCUUCUUCCGAGUAGAGCUAGACCAUCACAUAGUAACAUUUCAUCGAAAUACAAGUGAGUCUAUUCAGUCCGAAGAACCUAUUCGAAGUAGCCUGGAUCAUCCACAAGGUCUAGAAGAAGAGAACGGAGUGAAAGAGCAACAAUUGGAACAAGAAGUAGAGAACUCUGGUAAUCAGGUCACCAUUAAAGAGGAAGUAGUACUACCAGUAGAAGAGGAGGAAGAAGAGGAAGAAGAACAAGAGGAGGACGUAAACGUAGACGAAACUGUUGAUCAAAGUAUCUCGUGUGACGUGGAGGAUUGCGAGAAAGUUGUAUUGGAUGAGAAAAUUGCUGAUUCGAAAAUCGAUAUUGAACUCCCAACGGAGAAGACUGAUUGUGAAUCUGGAAACUGAAGUUGCGAAACCUUUGAACAAUUUAUUAUUUUGUCAUCGUCACGUGACAAUUCCUACCGCUCUCUAUGCGACUGUAUAUAAAAUACGUUUCCUUAUUCUCAAUAUCCUCUUUGUCGCGAGGAAUUUAAUUUCUUUUUUCUAUCAGCACAUAGAAAAUGAUCAUGAAGAAUUCUUAAGGACAAUUAUUCUCUGAGUACAACGAACUGUAAUGAAUGUUUUUCUCACUCGUUCUCAGGCUUUCUCCUUCUCUUUCUGUCUUGAAAUUUUUAUCACAAUUUUAAUUAAUUUUCUUAUCAGUCUAUCUCAAGUGAUUAGUACCACUUCAUGUUACUUAUAUUCUUUUUAAAAAUUUCAAUGCAUUGUGCUAAAUCGUCUCGUUUGCAUUCAUCGCGCUUAAUCAUUAACAAACAUUUCGUUGAUUUUUAUAUAUUAAACGUUCGACAUCGUUGCAAGUGACGUUUCUUUAUGGUUAAUUAAGUUAUUGCUGGUGGCGAUAAUGAAUUAAUAAUAUUUAUACUCGUUAAACGAGCGGAUUCAUGUAACAUUUCUUCUUGUGAUGUCAAAACGGCUGACGCGAUUUAUCGUCAUACAUUUUGUUAAUAUAAAUAUAGGCACUUACCGUCUGCUCCAUGUUUUGAUUGGUCUAUUUGAAUUAUGCCUGUAUCUAUAUUAUCACUAUCAAAGGUUAUUAAUUAUCGUAUUAUAGAAGACAUUGAACAUUCGCGAGAUAAUUUAUGGGUAUAAAAAUAGUUUCGCGAUCAAUCGUAAUGUCACAAUCUCACAACACAAUUGUAUGAUUCAUAUUGAUAAACAGACAUGUUUAUACAGUAUUAUUUCAGUAUUAUUAAUCUAAUUAAUAAUACCCAGAAUUAAUCGUCAAUCGUUUAUCGCACAAGAAACGCAUGAAGCGUCGAUUCGAAGCGCAUUCAUCUUUGUUACGUUUUCCUUCAAUUUUACGUAGCUGUCGUUAAAUAAUGAAAAGUAUAUUAUUUUACAAGCAAUUAAUGUCUCGGGCUAUCUCAUGCGUCCAUAAAAAAAAUUUCGUCCUGUUAUCCAAGAGAUGAAAGAAGAAAGAAAGAUACGUUACUCAUCCGAUUCUUAUAUUUGAAUUAAAUAAGCGCGUGCUUUAGGAAUAUUCAAGGAAGACGUUAGUGCUCAUCCAUACAAGUUUAACUUGUUCUUAUUAAGUACAUUAAACUUUCGACCCAAGCUCAACAAUGGCGAUAGUUGUUCUAUCGAUAAGAGGAUAUAAAAUGAAGUAACAAUGGUGUAUUUACUUUAAAAAAAGAUGCAAUAACCUGUCCACUAGGAUUAGAAAAGUCGGUAAGAUAGUUCUAUACGAAAUAAAUUAUUGUUC